CUGGUGACCAGGACCUGGGCAGUGUGAGUGCCACUGAAAAUCGGCUUGCGUGCCACCUUUGGCACGUGUGCCAUAGGUUGACUACCCCUGGUCUAAGCUAAGAGCAAUGCAAAAAGUGUGCAAAGGUAAUAGUUACAAACCAGACUUUGUACAGAUUAUUUCACUGACUCUCUCAGGUGGCUGUGAAAGUCUCUCUUUAAAGCCUAAAAUCAUGUGAACAAUAGGGAAAAGCUGUUCCUUUUUCUAGCAGACUUGAGAAAUGCUAGUCUGGUCUUUUAAUAUAGCAUAUAUAUAUUUGAACAAUUUAGGUAGUAUUUCAUAUAUGUUUCAUAUCCAGGUGCAAAGUUGAAGACUUCAGAGCAGUGAAACCUGAAAUUAAACUUUUCAGUUAGUGAAAGCUACUGCAAUUACGUUAAGAAAUAAUUUAUCAGGUAACUAGUAUCUUGUACACAGUGAGAAAAUAUUAAUAAUUAAUAGACUGACCUUAUAAAAAAGAAACAGCUUCUCUAGCUGUGUUCUUGAUUUCUCAGAACAGGGUUCUCUAGAAAAGGAGUUGUAUUUACUUUAAAUGUUUUUCGGCUUGAAAUAUCCUGGGAAGAGUGAAAGUAGUAAUAGCAUGCCAAGUGUUGACAGUGUGAAAGUGGCAGUACGGGUGAGACCUUUCAGUCAGAGGGAGAAGGAUGCAGGCAGCAGGUGUGUGAUUUCUAUGAAUUCCAGCAGCACAAGCAUAUAUGAUCCUAAGACUCCAGGGCACAUGAAAACCUUUACCUUUGACCUGGCUUACUGGUCCCACAGUGGAUUUCUAAAGGAUAAAGAUGGCAUGCUCGUUUCAGCUGGAUCCAACAGCAGAUAUGCAGGCCAGGGAGAGGUCUUUCAUGACCUUGGUCAAGGAGUUCUGGACAAUGCCUGGCAAGGUUAUAAUGCUACUCUCCUAGCGUAUGGCCAAACUGGCUCAGGGAAGAGCUAUUCUAUGAUUGGAUAUGGUGCAAACAGAGGCAUAAUUCCAGUUGUGUGUGAAGAGCUCUUCAAACCAAUUCAGAACGAGAAGAACAAGCAAUAUCAGGUUACUUUCAGUAUGCUGGAAAUUUAUAAUGAACAGGUAAUAGAUUUACUGUCUGAAACCAAGAAACCUGGUGGACUCAAGGUUAGAGAAGACCAGCAACAAGGCUUUUAUGUGGAUGGUUUGAAACGGGUGGCUUGUGACAGCUAUGCACAAAUUGAGAGGUUGUUGGAACAAGGAACUAAAAUAAGAACCACAGCGUCAACCAGCAUGAAUGCUACAAGCAGUCGAUCUCACAUGGUCAUUACCAUCCAAUUCAAACAGAUUUUUCUAGAUGAAGAUAUCACCAAGCAGUCCAUUAUAAAUCUGGUGGACUUGGCAGGAAGUGAAAGGCAAAAGUCUUCAGGCUCUGAAGGGGACAGACUGAGAGAAGGGACACGUGUAAAUCUGAGUUUAACCACCUUAGGAAAUGUCAUCAGUGCUCUGGCUGAGGUGGCCAUGGGGAAGAAAGUGUUACAUAUCCCAUACAGAGACUCAGUUCUAACAAAACUCCUGCAGUCGGCUCUCGGGGGGAACAGCAGGACUAUCAUGAUUGCAGCUGUAAGUCCAGCUGACAUCUGCUAUGAAGAGACUUUGUCAACAUUACGAUAUGCUGAGAGAACAAAAAAGAUCAAGAACAAAGCAGUGAUAAAUGCGAGUCCAAUGGAGAAGCAUAUAAUGGAGCUGAAAGCAGAAAAUAACAAACUGUUGUCCAGACUGACUGGGCUUGGAAACUAUGGGAAAACAGUAGCAAAUGAAACCAAGCUGCGAUGUUUGCUAGCUGAAAAUGAACUGCGGAUUCAGACUAUUCAGUUAACAUGGGAAUAUCGUCUGGAAGAAGCUCAGAAGGAAUGGGAGCAGCAGUAUGCUGCAAUUACUCAGGAGAGACGGAUGAUGGAGACGUUCCCAUAUCUCUUGAAUAUCAAUGAAGACCCUCAGCUCUCCGGAGUUCUCAAGCACUUCAUUCAGGAUGGUUCAUGCGAUGUUGGUCAGUCAGCCUCAAAUGCAAUAACCGUUAAAGGUUUAGGCAUUUUGGACAAGCAUGCUACUUUCACAAAUACUGAGGGCAAAAUUACCAUAACGCCACAGGAAACAUGCAAAGUUGUUGUCAAUGGUGUUCCCAUCACUAUGAAAACUAAACUGCAGCAUCUGGAUCGUGUUAUUUUGGGAUCAAACAGUGCUUACCUUUAUGUUGGAUUUCCUGCAGAACGCACCAAUGAAGACUUGCUCAGAUAUGAUUAUGAUUACUUUCAGUCAGAGCUGGCGGCAGCAGAGGGCUUCAGUGUAGAUAAACUUGGGGUUGUCAAUAAUAAGGAUGGCAAACCAGAUCCUUGUGUUCUUGCAGUAUUCCACGAUUAUAUCAAGCUAAUGCCUUUGGUUGCUGAAGCAAAUCAGAUGAGUGAGGAGUUGAAAAAGGAGCUCAAGUUGGAAUUGAAAGUGAAAAAUCUAGCAUCAUCUGACUCCAGAGGUUAUGAUCUGCAAAAGGAAGUAAUAGUAAAAGUGACUAACAAAAUAACUAACCAGGUGUGGGUGUGGUCUAAGGCCAAGUUCAUCAACAGAAAAUUCCUUAUGGAGGAGGUUUACCAGCAUUUUUUAGAUGGUGAAGAUGUGUAUGUGGACCAAGACCGUGACCCAUUCUGGGAUCCUGUUGAGGUCAUUCAUUUAGGAUCUGCCCACAUUUGGCUUCAGUCACUUGCUUACUGCAUGAAGCUGGAAGAACAAACAGAAGUUCUGAACUCUGAAGGAAUGGAGGAAGCCAUUCUACUUAUAAAUAUAGCUCCAUGUUCCAGUGAUGGAAGAGCCUUCGGAGAGGACAAUAUGGUCACUGACCCUUUGGAAUUGCUGGGAAGAAGAAUUGAUUUCCAGAUUCACAUCUUACAGUGCCUUGGAGUCAAAUGGCUUAGAGAAGUCACUGAACGGGGCAUUCAGAUAGGGUACCGAAUUUAUGAUCUUCCACACACUCUAUACACAAAGCCUGUCUGGAAAAACAUGAAUGCUAAGAUUGAAGAGACAGUCCACUUCUCAGCCCUAAAUGCAUCCCACAAAUUUUUAAAUUAUUUACAAAAAAAUGCUUUAAUUGUUGACUUGUGGGGGCUUCAAGAAUCAAACAUACGAUGUGAGAUUUAUGAUACAAAUGUUAUAUGUUGGAGGCAAGUUUGA